ACGUAACAAUAUAUCUGGUCUUUCCUCUGCAAAUAGUUAAGUACGUUGGCGUGGCUGCAUAACAUCUUAUGGCAUCUUACUCUGUUAAAUGGGAGUACGGUACUUGCCCAUGAUAAAUAACAAUAAACUAACAAUAAUUAGCGUAUAAAUAAUAAACGAGAUCAUUUAAUCGGUAUUAGGAUAAAAUUUCAUAAAUUUGGUGAGUAUAUUUUAAGAAGCAUCUAAAGUUUUCCAUUGGAUGUACCAGUUUACGUUAAGACAAGAACUGGUAUUAUGACGGAAUAUAAGCUCGUUGUAGUAGGAGCUGGAGGUGUUGGAAAAUCUGCAUUAACUAUUCAACUAAUACAAAAUCACUUUGUAGAUGAAUAUGAUCCCACUAUAGAAGAUUCUUAUAGAAAACAGGUUGUUAUUGAUGGAGAAACGUGCCUUUUAGAUAUAUUAGACACAGCUGGUCAAGAAGAAUAUAGUGCAAUGAGAGAUCAAUAUAUGAGGACUGGAGAAGGGUUUUUAUUAGUAUUUGCUGUUAAUUCUGCUAAGAGCUUCGAAGAUAUAGGCACGUAUAGAGAACAAAUAAAAAGAGUAAAAGAUGCAGAAGAAGUACCAAUGGUAUUAGUUGGUAAUAAAUGCGAUCUUCAACAAUCUUGGGCAGUGAAUAUGACACAAGCAAGAGAAGUUGCACGUCAAUAUGGAGUACCAUUUGUUGAAACUUCUGCAAAAACUAGAAUGGGUGUAGAUGAUGCUUUUUAUACUCUGGUAAGAGAAAUACGAAAAGAUAAAGAACACAGAGGUAAAGAAAAGAGAAAACGUAUGAGAGUUGGUAAUUCUGGACGCAGGAGACAUCGAUGUUGUCUCCUUUAAAUCAUUUGCUAAAAUUAAUUUUUUUUCACUCAACAGAUCAACGAAAGAAUAAAAUGUAAAAUCCUAGAGUAUAUUCACUUUACAUAAAUUUUUGCAGCUUCCUUUAUAGAAUAUCAUAAUUAAUCUUGAAGAAAAACAGUUUUUCUAUAUACUUUGAAAAAGAACAACAUAUUUAAUACAUAGUAUAGAAUAUUACAAGGAUGCUUACUCACGUGAUUACGAUUUGUGAAACAAUAUUGCUUAUAUAAUGGUCUGACAUGCAUCAUUUAACAUUUUAUGAAUUAAAGGAACCAGAACCCUUGAUUGUUAAAAUGUCUAAAUCUGCUGCAAUCUUUUUUAAUCUGCAAUCAAUAAUUAUGACAUAUAAUUAGAUUUCGUUAAUGUUCAGUUGUUGGUUUGAAGUAUUUUUUAAUUAUAUAUACCUUGUAAAAACUACUAGUAUGCGAGAGUAUUUGAUAUGCAGAAGCCAACCUUACAUUAUGAUUUGCAUUAAUAAUUAAAUUCAAUAGAUUACAUAUAUAGUGACAAAUAUUUUUUUUUUUAUUUUGCUUUAAUAAACUUCAAUAUAUAAUGUAGUUUUGCAAAUCAAGUACCACAAGAUUUUUUAUUAAUUAUUAAUUUUGAUGUUAUUUAUAUAUUUGUUUUAAUUUUGUUUUUAUCAUAUCAAAUAAUAUAGAUGUUGAAAUUCACUUAAGAUUGCAGAGAAUCACAAACCUAAUUAAAUUAAUUUGGUGCUCGGGCAACACAAUAUUGUUAUAUGUAUAUAUAUAUAGAUGUAUGUUACUGUGAUUUUGUAUAACAUUUUAAAAUAGCAAGUAAGAGUACAUUAUGAAUAUAUUUGAGAUAGAAUUUGUAAACACUCCACUUAUAUAAAUGGAGAAAUUUGAUACAUUGGUGGUUCAAAAUUACAAUAAUAAAUUACUUAUUAGUAAGAAUAAAAAAUGUGGGAAAAUAACAAAAAUAAUUAAAAUAUUGAAAUAUUAUUUCUGUAUCAUUCUUUGAUAUAGUUUUAUAAUAUGAUAAAUAUACUUUAUUAAAUUAAUAUCAUUUUUUAAUAACAUUUUUUUUUAAAUCAGUUAUUUUAACAUACAAUUGAACAUUUUAAAAAUAAAAUAAACAUAUCAAAAAAAUAUAUAAAAAAUGUUGUAGAGUAAGGUCUCAUAACAGACCUUAGUUAAACUAGAAUCACUUUAUGCUAUUUUAUUUUAAUUGAAUAUUUAAUAUAUAAUAUUUAAUUCCAUUUUGAUUGUUUGAACCACCUUUGUAUAAAUAAACGGUACAAACAUUUCUAACAUAUCUUGUACUAAGGAGGUGUACCUAAUAAUAACAUAAAAAUAUUAAAAAAAAUCAUAAUUAAUCCUCUUAAAAAUUUGUAAUAUAAAACAUUAAAGAAUCUAGAUACAAAUAUGCUUGUUGCAGGUAUUAGUAAAUUCAAAUAAUUUGUAAAUUAUCUACUUAAUAUUAAAUUUAAAAUUUUUAAAUAUUUUGUUUCUUUUUUUAUAUUGACACUAAUAAAUUAAUAAUAAUGUUAUGGUCAUUAUCAUAUACCAAUAAAUCAUUUAUAAUUAAUCAUCGUUAGGUACACCUGAUCUCGUACAAGCGCAUGCACAAAUUCAGUUCCAAAAAUAAUUACUGCCUUAAUAUAGAACUAGUAAGUUUGACUUUACAGUUAAAAAAAAUGAAGCGCAAUUAUUCAGCAUUAGUAUAUAUUAUUUUAAUAUCUUUGUAUUAUUCUUUAUAUUACAUCAAUAUAUUAUAUGUAAGGGAAUCCUAUAUUAAUUAAGGUAUAUGAUUUCUAGGCAAAUCUGCGGCGCAAUAUGGAUGGUUAUUAUGAUACGAUUGUAAUUUAGUUAAUAAAAUCAGUAAUCUUUUUAGAAAUACUCGAUAAAUAACUAAUAAGCGAUUGUUUAUCAGAUUAUUAUUAUUAUUAUUAUUAUUAUUAUUAUUAUUAUUAUUAUAUAUAUAUAUAUUUUUUUUUUAAUUUUAUGUAUAUACUCUUAUGUUGUCUAAAAUGCUUAAGGAAAGACAAACAUUAUCGUGUUCCGGGUAUAAUUUAGUUCCAAUAAACUUUCAAUUUAAAUUUAUUGAAAUAAAUUGAACUAUGAUGCACGGAUAUGUUUCUUUAAAGAACGCGAUAAGUAUUAAGACAUUACAAAUUAAUACGAUGUUAUAAAUAAUUAAAGAAAUUAUAUAAGAUCGUAUUAUGUUGAGUUAUAUCAGCGACUGUGAUGAAGGGCACAUUUAACAAUCAAGGGUAAAGCCGGCUUAUACAAUUUAUACGUACAAUUUGAGUAAAUGUAUGCGUGUGUGUUUACAUGUACGCAUGUACGAGUGAUUGGGUUGAUUGCAUAUACGCUCAGAAUAUGCAAUUUGUAAUAUUAAUCUUAAUCUCUUCAAAUAUUAAAAAUAUCUAAGAGAGUGUACAAUUACCACACACAACAUAACUAUUAUUAUGUAAUUUCAUUUAUUCUGAAUAAAACUUUAUAUAAAAAAUA